AUGAGGAUAUAUAUAUGCACACGCAAUACAGCACACAGUCGACAGCCGGCAGUCGUAGGUAGCGGUCCGUGCUCUCCUUCCUCCUUCAUCCUUUAAGGUAGCGAGGGAGAGAACAAGAAAAAAAAGGAGAAGAGAGAGUAGUAGUAGUUAUUCUUCUUCUUCUUCUCUCCAAUCGUUAUCGAAGAAUUUAGACUCGACUAAUCACGAGUUUUAUUAUCGUUUUCUUCUAUCGAGAAAGCUAAGAUCGCAUAAGAGAUAGAUAUUAAAAAUAAAAGAAACUAAGAGAGAGAUAUAUAUUUUACACCUAUGAGAAAGAUUUCAUUGUGACAAGAAGUUAAUCGUCUAUGAAGAUUCCUGCAAGAAUUUUACGUUUACUCUCAUUAAUUUUCUUCUUUUGUUUUUCUUUUUUUAAUUUUCUUCUUAUGUUUUAAUUAAUUAACGAUGACUGUUUUGGUGUUGUACUUGUCCUAUCCUUCUCGUGGCCAGCCACGAGAAUUAGGGUCAAAGAUAAAUGAUCGAAUUAUUACAAAGGAUUAUCAUCGUCGAAGAAGAUAAAGAAAUAAAAAGAAUUGUUUUUCCCUCUUAAAAAUUAAAAGAUCUAAUUAGUAACAUCAUUUAACUUCUUUAUUCUUAUUCUUAUUUAGUCUGUUUUUUCUUUUAUAACGAGUUCAUGUGCAUUCGUUUUUUAAGAAUGAUGUGUGAUUAUUGUAUACGCUUUUCUUGUGUGCGACAAGAACGGAUAGAAAAAAGGUGAAAAAGAAAAAAAAUAGAAAAGAUAAAAAUAAAUAGACUGAAAUUAUCAAAAAGACUCAGAAGAGGUGAGAGAUAGUCUUGAUCGUUCUAGAUUAAAAGAACGAUCGAAAUAAGAGAGGAAAAAGAAGGGGAAAGUGUGAGAUUCGCGUAGGAGAGCGUAGAACCGCGUUGAGUUCUCUCUGUAGAGAGUAGCCGAGCGAUCAAGGCCCGGACACAGGCCACGAGCUCGCGUUCCUGGCUAUGGGCAAGCUCUCAAUAAUCAUUCGAAGUGGUACUCGUGAAAACGACCGAGAAGAGCCGGCAAAGCAAAAGCAACAAGAGCAGCAACAGCAGCAACAGCAACGCCAACAACGAUAUCAUCGGCAAAGUUGUUGUCGUAAUAACGCCAAAGUCAUUUCGUGGUGUGCCGACUCUUCAUCUGUGAAUAGUAGUAGCUUGUUUGAUGUUUGCGAAGAAACUGCUACGGUGAGAUCCGGUACUCGAGGACAACCACCACGUGCUUUGAAUGCUCUAAAGACGUUCCGCAACGAGACCACCUCUUUUUAUUCGUUAUUUUCGUUUCGUGCUACAAAUUUUACGAUAGACUCCGAUAAUAGUGUUGCUAAUAAAGAAUUUAAGGAACAGGAUGAACUGUUAGUCGUUGGUGAACAUUGUAAAAAAAUUUCUUCUUCUUCAUCUUUGUCUUCGUCGUCGUAUUCCUCAUUAUUGAGGAAAUCAACAAAAGGUUUAUCUAAAAGUAUUAUCCUUGCUCUACUCGUGAUGAGCGUUUUGUACGAGCCUACACUUGGUGUACCAGCACCGGCAUCAUCUUCAUCUUCAUCUUAUCAGCUUCAACAACAGGUGGAAACCUAUUCAAGAUUUCUCGAAUUCGAAGAGAACUACGAGGAGGAGGUGAUAUAUGAGCCAACGGCAACGGCUACGCCAACUAGUGCUGGUCAUUCUUCGAGGAACGUGCUCGGCGACGAAGAGCUUGAGAUUAUCAGAAGAAGCAUCGUAGAAAGCCUCGGGCUUCGGAGGAUACCUGAUCCUUCUAAGGCUAACGUAAGCCAGACGGAAUACGAGAGGGCGCACAGAGAGUACCUGAAGAAAGUGCAGCUGUCGCAGCAUCAUGGACCACCGCAGGAGUCGAGAAAGCGAAGAAGACUUCACGUGUUUCAUGGCACAGAGCAUUCUGGAAAUAGGACGAGACGAGAGACGACGGAAGCAGAAGCAGAAGCAGAAGAAGUAGAAGAUGAAGAAGAUAGCAAGAUUUUUCAACGAUUGUUCUUUCCCGUGGAAAUUCCCGAGGAUUUAGAUGAAGAAGAUUCCACGGUUGAUCACGCAUCCUUGAGGUUCCUGUUGGUGGGAGAUCACCGAGCUACCAACAAUGACAACGAUUUGGAAAUUAUCGUUUAUCUACGAAACGAACAAUUGUAUUCUGACACGAUAGUUUCAUCUUCAUCUUCGUCGUCGUCGUCGUCGUCGUCGUUGUCAAAAACAAGGCCAAUAACGAGGAGAAAAAGUCCACAAGUAAGAAGAAGAAUUCGAUUGAACGAUCCAAGAAAUUCAAAGUGGUUAGAAGUGGACGUGACGGAGUUAGCGAUAGCAUGUUUACUCGAUGAACGAAAGAACCUUGAAUUAGAUUUACAAUUUCUUCAAAAUGGUUCACCGAUUCGUCGCGUUUUUGCUUUACCCGCAUUAAAUGUUUUUACAACUGCAUCCUAUGAUGUAACGGGUAAUAAUAACGGUAAUAGAAGAAGAAAACGCGGAACACCGGAAAAAUUGAUGUCUCUUCACAAGGGACGUAGAACCGAGUGUCGUGAGGAUAAUAAAAAAUGUUGUAGACACGAGAUGACGGUAAUAUUCAAGGAUCUCAAAGGUUUCGAAUUUAUUGUGCAACCUAAGACAUUCGACGCGGGUUAUUGCAAGGGUCGAUGUCCACCUAGAUACAAUCCUGCUCAUCAUCAUGCACUUUUACAAAGUCUUAUAUGGAAGGAAGACAAAAGGAAAGCACCGAGGCCUUGUUGUGCACCAAGCAAACUCACCGAACUCGAGAUUCUUUAUUUCGACGAGAACGACUCUACCACUUUGAAGAUUUCCAAUUGGAAGAACAUGCGUGUGCUGGAAUGUGCUUGUUCGUAGAAAGGGAGAAAGGGGCCUUCGAAAAAGAGAGAGAGAGAGAGAGAGAGAGAGAGAGAAAGAGAUAUGGUCUUGAACCAAUCCAAGAGUCGUUUAGGACUCACCAAAGAAUCGUCCGAAUAACAUUUAGUUUUGUGUAAGGUGGUUUUCUCCCUUUUGAUUUUCUUUUCUUUUCACUUACAUCCUUUCCUAUAGAUCUUCCUUUCGUUCAAUUAAUAUAGGAGAUACACAAGAUGAUAUUAAAGGAUUAGAAAUCAAAUUCUAAGGGAAAAACCACCAUCAAACAAAUCCAGACCCUUUGACUCCCUCUCGGUAGUAGUGGGUCUCACAUUGACUGUGAUACUAAGAUAUCUGCUCGUCAUUGUUCAUUAUAAUUUAAUAUUAGUCGUAUUUUUUAAUGAUAGAGAAUUCUUUUUAAUCGUUUCAAACCUGAUCGAAGUUAUUGAAUGAUUUUUAACUUCUUUUUUAUUUAUACAUUUACAUAUAUAUAUAUAUAUUUUUUUUAUACGUUUUCAAUUCUCCGUGUACCUAUAUGUCACUCAAUUUUUUAUCCUUUCUAUACAAAUUAUUAUUUAAUGAUUUAUUAAUUA